GUGAGUCUAGGCAGAGGAAGAAGGAGAGAGGAGCAAGCGCCAAAGACAAGAGCAGGAGCAGCAGGCGGUUGAUAGGGAAAAUCGGAGAAGCAAGGGAACCAAUGGCAACCCGUGCGCCGAAGGGUUCAUCCCAGCGCCUCAGCAAAGACCUGACCUGCUCCAUCUGCCUGGACCUUUUCAAGCAGCCUGUGUCGCUGCCCUGCGACCACACCUUCUGCCAGACCUGCAUCACCGGCUUUUGGACCCGGCCGCCACAUCAGCGUCACGCUCAGGAGCAGGAGGAAGGAGCCCUCUCGGUGGCCUCUUGCCCCCAGUGCCGUGAGGUGUUCCCAAGCCAGAGUGUUCGGCCCAACCGCAUUGUGGCCAACAUUGUGGAGAGCUACAGCCAGGGCCUCGAGGAGGGUGAGCUGUCUGGGGUGGGGCGGCCGGUGCAGGACACCACUCCUCAAUGCCCUCGUCACCUGGAGGCCCUAAAGCUCUUUUGUGAGGAGGAGCAGGAGCUUGUGUGCUUGGUGUGCGGCAUCUCGCAGGAGCACAAAAGCCACACGCUGGUGUGCAUCCAGGAGGCACAACAGAGAUACAGGGCCUCAUUGACUAGUGUGGUUGCUACCCUGCAUGCUGAACUUGGCACAGCCAUGGAGUGUGAGCGGGAGACUGAGGAGGAAGUAAAGAAGCUGAAGGAGCAUGCGGCCGACCUGAAGCAGCGUAUUGAGGCUCAGUUCAGCGACCUGCACCAGUUCCUGUACCAAGAAGAGAAGAUGCUGCAGGUGAAGCUGAAGACAGAGGAGCGGCGGGAGCUGAUUCGGCUGGACGAGCACCGCGCUGUACUCAGCGUGGAGAUCUCCCGUCUCCGCCGGACCCUUGCUGACAUCGAGGACAAGCUGAAGGAGAGUGACCCCUACCAGCUUCUCAGAAGUGCCAAGGCCCUCCUGCAAAGCAGGCAGCCUGUAAAGUUUGAGAGGCCAUCACUGACUGCACCCACCCUGGCAGCACCCACCCUGCGCGAGGGUCGCUUCGCAGGGCCUCUGCAAUACCGUGUGUGGAAGUCACUGAAAGGCAUCCUCUAUCCAGCUCCAGCAGCCAUCACCUUCAACUCAAGCACCGCCAACCCCUGGCUGAGCCUGUCCCCAUCACUGACCUGUGUGCGCUAUCAGACGUUCCAUGCGCCUGUGCAGGAAAACCCGCAGCGCUUCAACGCAGCUCUGUCCCUCCUGGGCAGCCAGGGCUUCACCCAUGGGCGCCACUACUGGGAAAUCGAAGUGUACAGCAGCACGGUGUGGACAGUGGGCGUGGCCCGUGAGUCUGUAGUCCGGAAAGGUGUGAUCAAGGCCCUGCCUACAAAUGGCUUCUGGACGCUGUCCUUGUCCUAUGGGGUACAAUACAUGGCGGGCACAUCACCCCCUACUGUGCUGUCCCUGGAGGAGCCGCUGGCCCGGAUCGGGGUCUACCUGGACUAUAAGAGGGGCCUUGUGUCCUUCUACAACGCUGAAAGCAUGGCCCAUCUCUACACCUUCCAUGACACAUUCACAGAGACCCUUUACCCGUACUUCAACCUUGGCUUCCUGGACAAGGUCCACGAGAAUGAGCCCCUCAAGGUUUUCCUCCCUAAAGUGUGACUGCAGAGACUAGAAGCAAUUCUCCAACUGUGACCUUCCCAGGGUGGUCCUGGAGGGAUUUGACUCAUGGGCUGGUCCCGAGCACCAUAGCUAAUAACCCAAAGGAGUGUGGAUAAGCUCAUUACCUCCACUCCACUGAUAGGUUCUCCAAAUACACAUAGGCACAGUUAAUAUGCAGAAGAGACAGCACAUAGACAAAGUGGAGAAUGUUACUCACCUUGUACAUAAUAGACAUAUUAAAAACCACUGAAAAACACCCGCAUAAGCAAUAUAUUAAGGAAUAUGUGCUGCUUCUUGUUGGCCUACCAACGUGUUACGUGUUACUCAGAAUAAACACAUAUAAACAAUGACUAUUUUGAUCAGCCAAAUGGGUGUCCGACCCACCCUUUACAUGUCUCUCAUCCCCACGGAGGUGGCAGAUGAGCUGAGGGAUGCAACAGUUGCAGCAUCAUGAGCACAGAACUGCAGAAGAAAAGCUUGCCUGCACAGGAAUUCCAUGCUGUGCCCUCUAAUUAAAAUAUUAAUUCCAGAAGAACUGUAGAGUACAUAAAAAUUUCUCAUUUUGUAUACCAAACAUGUAACAGAGAAUGGCAAAAAGCAAUAUAUGUUAAAAGGUGGCUUAUAACAGGUCAACUUAUGUUACAUUAUGUUACAUUAUGUUACAUAUAUACUUUUGUAACUAAUUUCAAUGCAAUACUGAGUUUCACCCAUAUGUAAAAUAUAUUAUGUAUA